AUGCGUCCUCAACCCCCCCUCCUCCUACUCUCCCUCCUCACCACCACCACAACCACCACCGCCCACCCCACCACCCCCCGCUCCACGACAGGUUUCACCGGCCGCGGCCAACUGCGCACCCUCUGGAACGAAGGCGACCACGCCGACCUGGGCUGCCUGACGCCCGCGGGCCUGUGGACGACCGACAACGCCCACUGCGGCACCUUCACGGGCACGGCGCUUGGCACGAGCAGCCUGCCGACUUUUACACUGACGUCCGCGGCGGGGCCGUGCCGGAUCUAUGGGGGGAGGUUUACCUGUGGCGGGGGGGAUGCGGGGGUGGAGUUUGGGAUCUGGCCGUUUCCGAACUCGAUUCCGGGCAAGGACUGUUUGCGGUAUGGGCAGUACGGGCUGAUGGCUAGCUCGGGAGAGGGCGGGCCGCCGGCGGUCGGGGAUCCGGCGCUGGAGGUGCAUUUUGUGUCGUACAGUGAGCAGGGGAAGUACGUGUGGUUGACCUGGGCGGCGGUGUAG